GCAGAGAGAGAGAGACGGAGAGGGUUUAAGCAGCAGCAAAGAAGAAGAGAUACAGAGAGAGCCGCCUUCAAUCCCCUGCCUUCCUUCUCACCACCAAGAUGCCUAAGUCUAAACGUAACAGACCAGUUACAUUAUCAAAGACAAAGAAGAAAGGAAGAGAACAGAAAGAGAAAAUUGUUGAAUCAAUAAGGAAAGCAGUUGAAGAUUACAAUUCCAUUUAUGUUUUCUCUUUUGAAAAUAUGAGAAAUCUUAAGUUCAAAGAGUUCAGAGAACAGCUCAAAUCUUCUAGCAGAUUCUUUCUUGGAUCGAAUAAAGUUAUGCAGAUUUCGUUGGGGCGAUCUGUUUCCGAUGAAAUAAGACCUGGGCUUCAUAAAGUUUCUAAGCUUUUACAUGGAGAUGCUGGUCUUUGUUUCACUAACCUGCCAAAGGAGGAGAUUAUGAGGUUGUUUGCGGAAUUUGAAGAACACGACUUUGCAAGGACUGGUACUACAUCAACUGAAAAGGUGGAGCUUCAGGAAGGUCCUCUAGAGCAGUUUUCACAUGAAAUGGAACCAUUUUUACGUAAGCAAGGGAUGCCUGUCCGACUGAACAAAGGUGUGAUAGAGCUCGUCUCUGACUUUGUUGUUUGUGAAGAAGGAAAACCUUUAUCACCGGAAGCAUCUCGAAUUCUGCGCUUGCUUGGGAACAAGAUGGCUACAUUUCGCCUUCACGUAAUCUGUCGCUGGAGUCCUGAGGAUUUUGAAGUUCUGAAAGAAGGUUUGGAACUAUCAGAUAUUGAAUCUUCAUAAACUAGUUUAUCCGAUAUAUUGACAUCAGUUUCACAAACCUUAUGUAAUAUUUUAUCUUUCUAUACAAUUUUGCAUGUGAGCAUAGAGAUUUACUGCGUUUCUGUGGACUUCCCUGAUAUCUAUCUAUGAGCUACUAAUUUUUGGUUACGAAAAAGAAGGGAUUCAGCUCCAUUUUUUUUUCA